AUGUUGUACACACUGACUGGCACUUGGUUCACAAAACAUCAUGUUGAAAUAUUGUCAGCAGUGGAGGGAAAAAAAUCGAUGCACGAUGGUGCACGUUCUAAAACAUGUUGCAAUUAUGUAGAUGGAAAGCCAGAGAGAGAAGGUGCAAAAUAUUCAGAGCUCUCACCCAUCAAUCACAUGCUCUACCUUCGUGUCAUCUGGUCCACGUCUGGCGUUAUUAACAGCAGGGUCCCCAUCGUCUUCGGUAAGGUUCGCUUGAUAAUUGCUUUCUAGAAAUCGCCAAGUUGAAAAGCGAACGAAAUCAUUCGACGUGAACCAACGCUCGCGUGGUAUCGAUGCGAGAAGGGAGGAUUCUGUUGAUGACCGUGUGUCCUGAAGCUCGGCAGAAAGUGAUUAUCCCAGCAGUGUAGAAACUUGCCAGUCGGCAAUGAAGUGAACAUUCAUCGACCGAUGUUUUACGUGCCCUUGGGGACGGCGGAGUCACGUACCAGAGACUGCAAAUCGGAACAGAUGUGGCACUCCGAUUUUAGAAGAGAGUAGAUUCAGUACUUCGGUCGUUUUUAGACGUAAGCUUAUGUAAGUAACGAAGAACCGACCUCCAUUGUUCUCAUGAUCGGUCGCUAUCUGU